AUGGUGCAAACGCAAAGGGGCGGGAUGCCUGAUAAGCGUGCAAGACAGUCGCAGACGCAUCAGAUUGGGCAACUCAAUACUACCCCGACAAGUCGACACUUACAGUCUCCCCAAGUGGACAAUAACCACGAACCGCCUCCCAGCGCUCAGCCGCAAGAGUCAACCAAUGAAUAUGACGACGGCGUUGAUGAAGUUUUAAUCAGACUUAACAAACAAGUCUUUGAAUCUGAGGGUGCCUCAACCCGCCGAAGCACACCUAUUGAUUCGCAUUUCGACGACUCUUCCAGCCAGAAAUCGGGUUCGGGGAAGCUUCCUAGUACCCAGCCGUUGCCAUCUCAGCUAAUUUCAGGAAAUUUAACCAACAAAGGACAGCCUCUAGUUGACUUUUCAGAAACAGCAACUACUGCCCGGCGAAGUUCGCCUUAUCCACCACAGACCACACUAUCCCAAGCGGCUGAUGAUAUGCCCAAGUACAACACUGUCUUUGACCUACCAGGCACCAUCCCCGACUCAUUAGAUGUUCCAGGGGACCACUUACCGGAAGACGAGCUAUAUGAUGCCACUCCAGUACCAGAGGACCGAGAGGAACAAGCUGCCGCAGAGAAACAGACUGCGAAGCCCAAGUCAGCACGGAAAUCUGCCGAAAAAGGCAAGGCUACGGAUUCUUCAAAAAAGGCCAAAGCCUCUAUCAGAGUUCUAGAAGAAGAAGUUGGAUCUGUCAAGGAAGAGCCAUCCUCGUUUCCGCCCAGACCUGUUGUAGGGCGCCAAAAACCAGCGAAAAAUGCCAAACAAGUGCAAGAAUCUCCCAAGCCAGCCCCUGGGUCGGUCGAGGCAACGACAAGUGGAACACGGCGGAAGCAAAAACCUAAACCUCCCCUGAGAUUCAAUUCACAGACAAAUCAAAUGAUAGAUCCUUUGUCGCCUCAGGUCCAGCCUGCGCGCCCGUCCUUGGUAGAAGGCAUGAUACAAGCUUAUGCUGCCUCUCUCUCGCCUGAUGCCAACGCAACGAAGCCCACACCCAAGCCUGCAAAGAAGGUUUCGCCCAAAGCUGUUCCAAAGAGGACAUCAAAGAAUUCUCCGAAGACUACUUCAAAGACCUCUCCAAAGACUAUUUCGAAAACUACUCCAAAGGCUGGCCAAAAAGCUCCAGCAAUUUCUCAGAGAAUUACACGCCAGUCAGCUUUGAGAGGUCGACUUAAUCAGCAAAGCCCGGAUAAAGUCGACGAAGCGAUCACCAACGUCUCUCCAGCUGCUACUCCAGUAGAAUCGAAAGCCAAGGUCUCGCCUGCAGUGAGCCAGGGAACGACAAUGACAAAGGCAAAGGAGGAAACGGCACCUGUGUUGCCACCCUCGAAGGAAAAAGAGAUAGUCAACCAUGGUAAUACUCAAGGGUCAACCGAUGACCCAAUUGUACUUUCGAGUGGUCGUAACAGUUCAUCGCCAUACGAUGACGAUGAGUUUGUUCCAGCUACUGACCCAACUGAAGUUUCUCCUGAAGAGGCCCGUCCAGAUGCCGUUGCACAAGCCAAAAGACAAUCGCUUGUUGACCCUGGGGAGCCAUUGAGUAUUACUCGAAACGAGAAAGAACGAAUCGUUGCUACACGACGAGAGAUUCCCAAGCCUAUGCAACCUGUCAGUCAGACUGGGAGACAAGUCACGGCACAGAACAAGAAAAUAUUUGUCAGGGCUGACCCUCAGAACCAGGUCGAAGCUGGCUUUGAGAGAACCAACCGAGAGAGGCCGAUUAGGAUUGGCCCAGGAGAGGUUUUGUCAGCCCGUGAUGCACAUGCCCUUGCCCAACGUCAAGCCUUCAAAGUGAAUGUUCUAAAGAGACCACCAUCUACGAGGGAUCCGGUGGUUGAUACCUCCAAACCGUCCCGCAAGUUUAUGAAGCGAUCACGAAGUUUCAGCGUCAGCCAGGCCAGGAGCCCUUUGCCGCUUGAAACAGAAGCUCAGUCGCUCGGAACAAGUUCCAGGAACAAAGACGAUGAUCAACACCCAGCAGUGUCACAUAGCAACAAGCAGGCGUCAGGAUAUAGGAGAUCUCAACGCUUACGGGGCCGUCUAGAAGCUGCAGAAUCAAUGCCUGUCAAAGCCCAAGUUGCUAAAGGGAAAUUGCAGGAACAGGAAAGAUCUGGUGACAGACGGUGGCGACGUGAAGCCAGUGGGCACAAUCAAGAUCUGCACGCUCAGAUCAUGGCCUCUCUCCAAGGGCGAGAUGAAUCAUCCCCUGAAGUUCAUGAUGAGGAACCUGAUAAUACCCCCGAAGAAGAGCUGGCUGAAUCGACACGCCCGAAGGGUCCGAGCGAUGAGGUGGAAGAGAAACUGCAUGGACUUGUCAAGACUCUACUUGGUCAUCUCCAAACCAAGGAAGCGACCAUCUAUCAAGGGGCAGAUGCCUAUCGAAAGAACGGUAUCGAUUCCGUGAAAAAGAUCAAGCAACGUUACUUGCACGAAAAGCAGCAACUUGGGGAAAGAUGGAAGAAAGAUGCUGACAGAUUUGUCCGCGGCUCAAGGUCAAUCAAAGCUGCCCUCGACAAGCGUGGUAAAGCACAAGAGGAGGCUAGACAUAAAUUGGAAGAGACACUAGCAAGGCGCCGCCAUCUGUUUCAAAAGGCGACAACAAGUUUACGUGCUCUUCAUGGACGAUUGACGGAGCAUCGAUAUGAAGAGAAUGAUGAAUGA